CAAGUGAGGUAAUCUGUCCUGCGGACGCUCUUUAUUCCCACUACUGUUCACCGGGUACAUGUGAUAACUGUGGAAGGCACCCAUCACAGUUAAAAAAGCAGCCGCUCACGGAGAGUACUGAAUUUGGACAAAGUACUUUAAUUUAAAGAGGUGAGCUCCAUACAAACAUCUGCUUGCCUACCGUUUCAGGCAGAUUUCGUUGAAAACCGAGUUGUGAAGGGAGAAGAAACUUUAUUUCGGGCAAUCAGUGAAUGGGAUUUUUUUUUCCACCUUUGAGAACAAGUUGAUGGGAUAUCUCGAUCCAUACAUUUUCCUUUGGAAGUUAGCGAGUUUUUCACUGCUGCUGAUGAAACUGGAUUAAAUCCCCUUUCUGAGACGCAUUUGUUUGGGAAAUAAGAUUUGUAAACUUGUUUUCUACUUCUGAUACAAAGACUUUUGACUUAACAUGGACACUCCACACCUGUGACAGCCUCUGGACAUUGGGCUUAUUGAUUACCAGAAAACCAAAGUCGCCAGUGCAUGUGGAUAAGUCAAUAUAAGGAAAGGAGGGAGUAUUUAUAAGGGACAUUGUACACCAGCUGGUGUUUGCUACUGUUUCUCCUCUCAGCUUUGAAUUAAUGAGAUAAGAGUGAAGAUCUGGACACGUUUUGUUGAGGAAUCCAGUUACAGAUUGUGCUUGUGAGGGAUAUGUUUUAAUUAAAGUUCAGUGCUGGAAGUACAAGGGAUGAAAUGCCUCUCUAACAGAACGUUAAAGACAAAUGAAUGUUCACCAUGCCUCCUGGGAUGGUCCUUUUUCCUGCCUUGCUGUUUGGGCUCUGGGGUCGCGUACUGAGUGGUUAUGACAUCUUCACCCGCAACGGUACCAAGUUUGAACAUCUGGCCCUACAUCCAGACUCCACGAUUGGCACAGUCUACGUCGGAGCCACAAACUACCUUUUCCAGUUGAGCUCUGACCUUCAGCUGAAAAUGGAAGUAAAAACCGGCCCUGUGGAGGACAGCAAGGAGUGUCUGCCCCCUAUAGACAAAGCUUGUACUCACGCUCGCCUGACCAAUAACCACAACAAGCUGCUCUUGGUAAACCCCUACAGCGGAGAGCUCAUCACUUGUGGCAGCGUCCAUCAAGGCAUCUGUGAAAAGCGGGGCUUGGAUUCCAUUAAGAAUAUCUUGUUUCGGACAGAGCGGCCAGUGGACACCCAGUACGUUGCCGCCAACGAUCCCAAUGUGACCACAGUCGGGAUGGUGGCCAAAUCUAGGGACCAACUUCCUGUCCUGUUUGUCGGGCGUGGCUACGCCAGCAGCCUGCCUCCUAUCUCCACCCGCAACCUGGUGUCCAAGCCCAUCUUCUCUUACGAGGACACUGCGAAGCUUGCCGUGGCUGGGCGGCUCUCGGAGUACGACCACCACUUCAUCAAGGCCUUCUCCCAUCGCUCGUCCGUCUACUUCCUCUUCUACCGCAGGGACCUCAAAUCUCAGUCUAGGGAAUACAAGACCUAUGUUUCCCGGAUUUGCCUGGAUGACACUUCUUACUACUCCUACGUCGAGGUGCCUCUGGUGUGCAGGACGGCGGAGAAAAGGUAUAAUCUGCUGCAGGCAGCCCAUCUGGGCCUGCCAAGCCUGCGCCCGGGUGCCAGACGCCAGGAGAUGCUGGAGGAGGUGCUGGUUGGUGUCUUUUCCACCGGAGAGGCGAACACGGGGAAGACGGGCGAAGAGUCGGCGCUGUGCAAGUACACCCUGGAUGAGAUCAACCGCCAGAUCAACAGCACGCGCGACCUGUGCUACACGCGGGACGGUCGCUCCGAGGGAGGUGGUGAGGCAGCGUACAUCGAGUAUGAGGUCAAGUCCAACUGUGCAAACCUCCCCUUGAACACCCUAGACGCCUACCCCUGCGGCUCAGACCACACUCCCAGCCCAAUGGCCAGCCGUGUAGCCGUGGAAACCAUGGCAAUCUGGGAGAACCCUAAAGCUCGUCUCACAGCUGUGGCAGUCAGUGUGAUGGAGGAUCACAUCAUUGCGUUUCUGGGGGAUUCCAAGGGAAACUUGCAUAAGGUGUUUCUGGACGCCUCUGGGAAAGCUGAGAAGUAUGCCACAAUAACUAUCCAACCCAAUGCCGUCAUUGGCAGUGACCUGCUACUGGACCAAUCACAGGAGUACCUGUACAUCAUGACCAAUUCACUGAUAGAAAAGCGGCCGGUUGCAGAAUGUUCAAAGUACCUCGACUGUGAAUCAUGUCUUUCUGCUAAUGAUCCCUACUGUGGCUGGUGUGUUCUAGAAGGAAAGUGUGAAGGUCGGUCUGACUGCUUGAGGGCCGAGGUUCCUGGCCAGUGGCUCUGGAGCUACAGCUCAGAUGAGCAGUGCCUGAGUGUCCAGUCCCUCACCCCAUCCAACAUCAGCCGUGAGGAAAAGAGAAGUAUAUUCCUGUCUAUUCCACAUCUGCCUGCCCUAGUUGAGGAGGAGUCUUAUUCCUGCUUCUUCGAGGACAGCGAGAGCCCAGCUGUGCUCACCGAGACCGGUGUCACCUGCUCAUCCCCGGAUGCCAACAAAGUGCCACCUGUGCGUCCGGGCGAAGAUUUUGUCUCCGUCACUCUGUCCCUGCGAUUCCUCAAUGUCACAGUCACCACCACGAACUUCACCUUCUAUGACUGCAGUGCUGUGAAGCAGCUGUCCAGGAAUGUGCCAUGUCAAGGCUGCGUCAGCAGUCGUUGGGGCUGUAACUGGUGUGUCCAUCAGCACCUUUGCACCCACAAGCCCACCUGCGAGGAGGGAGUCAUCAUUUACAAUGAGCACUUCAAACUUCCUACACCAGCACCGCCAACAACCAAAGAGGCAGUUAAGGUUAUAACAACCUUCCCAGCAUCCACCUUGGCGCUUACAUCCUUACCACCUACAACGGUGCCCACAACGGUUCCACUGACAACCACCAUGAUAACAACUGAGGUUACGACGACAACUACUGAAAAACCCACUACCACAACGGAGCCUACAACCAUCCCCACAACCCCAGAAAUAACCACCUUGCCUACAACCCUGCCUACCACCCACGUGUCAACUACAGCCUCGAUUACCUCUUUGCCCACCACCAUUAUUGAGACCACCACACCACCUGCUAAAGUCACAACGCCUCUGAAGGAGGAGACGACAGAGGAGGAAGUCCUGGUCACUGUGGACUACGCCAUUCCUUUGACAACAAGCUUACCAGAGAUGACCUUCGUGACAGAAGCACCGACCACAAUUCGGCUGAUGGUUGCUGUGCAGCCAGUUGCCACAAACCCCUUAACCACUCCAGUUCCGCCCACUGUCCCACCUAUCACAGAGUCUGUGACAGACACUCCCACCCCUGUGAGCAGCACAGAGCAGCUGGACAACUCCCACUCUAUAGCUGAACCUCCAUUCGUUCCUCUGCCCUCGGCCGUGACUCCACAGGGCUCCGAUGACACCUUCUCCUUAGAAGUCCCUGCUGACUCAGACACUGAUUUUGAGCUCACUGUCACAGAAACGUCACCUACCACACUCUCUGACAGUAAAGUGGACAGUGGCAUGGAGACGAUGUACUGGCCAGAGACGCUGGAGAAUGACACAGCCACGUUUUCUGCCACCACUGUCCUGUCCGGAGAUGGUGAUGCUGAAAGCAUUUCCCCAGCCUUUCCUCGCUUGCUGGACUCUGACACAGAGCUUGAUUACCAGUAUGAAUCACCUGAGUUCUACUUGCAGGGGGAUGAGGGGUCGCAGGCGAGCUGGGGCCCGGCGGCCUGUCCGUGUGUGGAGAUGAUCCAGGGUUCGACGCUGGUGCCUGUGAAUGUGGAGAGGAAGAUCACGGUGGUGGGGAAGAACCUUAAUCUCUUCCAGGAUCAGGAGCUGGGGUAUGAAUGCGUGUUGAUUAUUGAAGGGCGCACAGUUGUGGUGGACACAUAUGUUGAAACUGAUGAGAUGGACUCCUCAAUAUACUACAUUACUUGCCAGCUGCAUAAGUACUCCUACUCUGCCCUCCUGGAAGAAUAUAGAGCGAUGGUCUCCAUCAAAAGAAGAGACACUUUCCAUGUGGACAGUUCUCAGGACCUCUAUGUGACUCUUUAUAACUGCUCAGUGGGGCGUUCAGACUGCAGUCGGUGCCACACGGCCGACCACAAGUAUGGCUGUGUGUGGUGUGGAGGCUCCCAGUCCAGCUGCCUCUACAGGGAAUCCUGCACUGACGAGAUAGAACAGACCUGCCCAGCUCCCGUCAUUCAUUUUACAGCCAGCACUGAGCCGAAGACUGGCCAGGUGUCGGUGGAGGUGAACGGAGGUGGUUAUGGUACCUCCAGCCAGAAGUUCAGCUAUCAGGAUCCAGUUCUGGAGCUGAUAUUCCCCCAGAGAGGUCCAAAAGCUGGUGGAACGUUCCUCACUCUUACUGGCCACAACCUGCGUACAGGGAGGCCUAACGAGAUUGGCGUUUUCAUUGGAGAUGUCCCCUGCCACAUCUCCUCAGAGGUCCUGGAUGAUCGGAUAGACGGAGGACGAAUUAUCCGGGUAACGGGACAUAAUCUGGAUGUGGUGGAGAAUCCCAAAAUCCAGGUGACCGUGUCUCCUGUGCAACAGCGGAGGAGGAGGAGGAAACGGGCUGUGGGAAUCCGAGACAGGUUGCUAUGGCGACAUCGGCGUAUUGUACCCGAGCCAGAAUGCCCUGGAGAUGCUCUCUGCUCCGUAAAACAAUACGUCGAGCAGUGCGAAGUCAACACCACCUCCUUAAUCCUGUGCAAGACCCCGGCGAUCGACCCCCCCUUGCGCAACGCUCAUAUCAAAAUGGAGUUCCUCAUGGACAAUCUGUGCUUCAAUUUCAAUGACGUCAGCCAAAGUGCCUUCUUCUAUGAGUUGAACCCGAUCCUCCAGAAGCUCAACAGGAACGACCCCAGCAAGCCCUACCGGUACAAGCCGGGCAGCAUCAUUUCUGUUGAGGGUGAGAAUCUGGAUCUGGCGAUUUAUAAGGAAGAGGUUAUAGCCCUGAUUGGAGAGGGCGUGUGCACUGUGAAGACCUUGACCAGGAACCAUUUAUACUGCGAGCCUCCUUCCCAGCAGCCUUCACCACUCCGUGGCAAAAAGAGGGAGGGGGCUGAAUCUCUACCCGAGUUUGUGGUGCAGAUGGGCAAUCUGAAUUUCUCCCUGGGAAAGGUGCAGUACGAAACUCUGAGCCAAUCUACGUUCCCUCUAGAAGCCCAGAUUGGUGUAGGAGUGGGAGCCUCCAUUGUAGCACUCAUAGUUCUUAUUAUCGUCCUGAUAUACAGGAGGAAGAGUAAACAAGCUCUGAGGGACUACAAGAAGGUUCAGAUCCAACUGGAAAAUCUGGAGACCAGUGUGCGGGAUCGCUGCAAGAAGGAAUUCACAGAUCUCAUGACCGAAAUGAUGGACAUGUCCAGUGACCUGGUGGGCUCAGGAAUACCUUUUCUGGACUACCGCAUGUAUGCCGAGCGGAUCUUCUUCCCUGGCCACCGGGAAUCUCCCCUUCACAGGGACCUGGAUGUCCAGGAGUGUCGCAGGCAGACAGUAGAGCAGGGCUUGGUGCAGCUUUCCAACCUGCUCAACAGCAAGCUCUUCCUCACCAAGUUUAUCCACACCCUGGAGAGUCAGCGCACCUUCUCUCCUCGAGAUCGGGCCUAUGUGGCAUCUCUCCUCACCGUCUCGCUUCACGGCAAGCUUGAGUACUUCACAGACAUUCUGAAGACCCUGCUCAAUGACCUGGUGGAGCAGUAUGUGGCCAAGAACCCCAAGCUCAUGCUGAGAAGGACAGAGACAGUGGUGGAGAAACUUCUGACGAACUGGAUGUCCAUCUGUCUGUAUGCUUUCCUGAGGGACUCAGCUGGGGAGUCUCUAUACAUGCUGUUCAGGGCAAUAAAGCACCAAGUAGACAAAGGACCAGUGGAUGCUGUCACUGGCAAAGCCAAAUACACCCUGAAUGAUAACCGGCUUCUCAGAGAGGAUGUGGAGUACCGCACAUUGACCUUGAACGUCCUGAUGCAGGGAGGAGGGAACGAUGCCCAGCCUGUGCAAUCCAAAGUCCUAGACUGCGACACCAUCACUCAAGUCAAGGAGAAGAUCCUGGAUCAGGUGUACAAGGGGACUUCGUAUUCCCACCGGCCACACACAGACUCCCUGGAUCUGGAAUGGAGGUCGGGGGUGGCGGGCCACCUGAUCCUCUCGGAUGAAGACCUUACUUCCGUUGUUCAGGGCAACUGGAAGCGUCUCAACACACUGCAGCACUACAAGGUUACCGAUGGAGCAACUGUGGCACUUGUCCCACGGCACAGCAAACACAUUCACCACGACAAUCACGACUACAUAGCGGGAGAGAAGACCCCGAUGCUGGAGGACGCGGAUGAGGGGGGGGUCAAACUGUGGCACCUGGUGAAGGCCAGCGAAGAGCCGGAACUGCCCAAACACCGGCGAGGCAGCCUGCGCGAGAGAGAGCGGGCCAAAGCCAUCCCCGAGAUCUACCUGACUCGCCUGCUGUCCAUGAAGGGAACGCUGCAGAAAUUUGUGGAUGACCUGUUCCAGGUCAUUCUGAGCACGAGCCGCCCAGUUCCAUUGGCUGUGAAGUACUUCUUCGAUCUCCUUGAUGAGCAGGCAGCCCAUCAUGGGAUCUCAGACUCAGAAACGAUACACAUAUGGAAAACCAACAGCUUGCCAUUAAGGUUUUGGAUCAACAUCAUCAAAAACCCACAGUUCAUAUUUGAUGUGCAAGCUUCAGAUAAUGUGGACGCUGUGCUCUCGGUCAUUGCCCAGACCUUCAUGGACUCCUGCACUAUAGCAGAACACAAGCUAGGAAGGGAUUCUCCCAUUAACAAGCUGUUGUAUGCCAGAGACAUCCCACGGUACAAACAGAUGGUGGAAAGGUACUAUGCUGAUAUCAGACAAACAAUCUCUGCAAGUGACCAGGAGAUGAACUCGGCUUUAGCAGAGCUGUCCAGAAAUUACUCAGGUGAAUUGAAUUACCUUGUUGCCCUGCAUGAACUAUACAAGUACAUCAACAAAUAUUACGACCAGAUCAUCACUGCACUAGAGGAGGACCCAACAGCCCAGAAAAUGCAACUGGGAUACCGGCUUCAGCAGAUUGCAGCGGCUGUGGAAAACAAAGUCACUGACUUGUGAUGGGAGAUGGGGAAAGGGAAAAGACAGAGGAGCUGGAAAAGUCUGGAUUUGUGUUGGUGGGACAGAGUCUUCUUUCUGUUAUUGACUCUGCUGCGGACUGGAGGAACUGAACAGCUCUCCUUGAAAACAGGAAUGGGAUCCUAUUCCAAUACAACAUUUUCAGCACUACCAAGAUGAUAGAGUUCAUUUUUUUUUAAUCCUCCACAAUGAGAAACAGAUUUGUUGAGGGAUAUCCUAGCGUUUACUGCCUCUUACCGGUUUUUAGCAUUUUGCUAGAGUGGACAGAUUAAUACAAACUUUUCAUCCCAUUACUAGUGCACUUCCAACAAAAUGGAAAACUGCAAGAACCCUACAGGACCGCUGCAAGGAAAACACUUCCCAUCUCAUAACCAGUAAGAAUAAAUCUUAAAGUCCUGAGGAAGCCUUCACUCAUUAUUAAGAAUAUUUGCUGGAGCGAGUACUGGCUGUGAUUUGUUUUUCGGAAGCUAGUCAAAAUUAAAGCAAUUACACAGGAAUAUUCCUUAAUCAACAUUAAGAAAGCCUUUUUAAUUGUUACUAUUUUUUUAAAAGGACAUAUAUGUCUUAUGACAGAUGGCUCGUUAAGUUCCGUUGUUUCCUGUAUAGCAGAAAACAAUAUGACAUAGAACAGGAAUAAGAAAAUAAACGUCAAAGAGUUGUCGAUUUAGGAACUUUUACACAAAAGAGUAGUAAAUUGAAGGUAAGUUUGAAGAAGCACAUUGCAUUCUUAUGCUUGGGUGCAUUAAAGACUGUCCUGUGGUACAAAAUUUCCUAAACAAACAUAACAGGAUACAAGUUAACUUUUCAUUUUUUCCCUCCCUUUAACUUGAUUCAGAUUACUUGUAUGUCUCUCCAAGUCUUUGGCUUGUGCUUUAAAAUAAAAAAAUGGCAGUUUGGAAAAAUCACCUCUCCCAUCAGUCACCCUCUUCUCAUCGCAAACAUUCAGUGUUUCACGGAUCAUCAAUAUGGCCUCCAACCACUGGUCAAUUCUGUUUGAAAAUCAAAAACAAAACCCCAAACCGAAGGAAGCCUUGUGAUUUUACUUGGUAACUUACAUAACAUUCCUCCUUUUUACUGUAAAAUUGUUUCAGUACCUGACAUAAUUUCUACCUCCUCUAAUGUUUUAAAAGAUGCUAUGUAGCAUGAAUAAUGGAACCAUAAUCUAAACAGCUUUAUCUUUUCGUAACCAUGUGUUUUCUGAUUUAUGGGGUCAGUGUUUUAAAUUGGUUGCUGAAAGAAUAUUUUUCUUCAAAAAAUGUUAGUGGGAUCAAAAUGUUCAUUUUCAAGUACUGUACUCUUGACUUGUACCAUAACAAACCUCUGACUCUCUUCUGCUAGAGAAAAGCUGCUUCUCUUUUCCGUCCAGAUAAAAAGUCAGAAAGAUGUUAAAAAUGGUUGUGUUGAAACUAGCAAAGGAGCAAGAGGAGGUUAAAUCCAUGCCAAAAUGUUAAAAGACAGAAGAAAAAAUAUUUUGGCUGUGGAUCUUUUCAGAUUCUAUUCUGUUUUACCUCUGUUCUGAAUUGAGGAUGUACAAUUGCACAAAUUUAUAAUUAGCACUAGAUUUUCAAUAGGCGUUUAAGUUUUCAUUUAAAUGCAGUUUACAGGUAUGUUUUGGGAAAUGAAUAGUGUACUAUAACACCAUAUCCUCAAAAAUAUUAACCUUCUAGAUCUUACUUUCAAAUACUACUAACUGAUUGCUGUGCUUGCUAAUGGGGAGGUGGAAACGGUCCAUUUCAUUUCUUGUGGUAGGAGCAAUUAGUCUCUCCAGUCUGACAUCUUAUUUUUUCCACAGUUCAUUAGACUAAUCUCCACAGCAGUUCAUCUGGCUUUUUGCUUUCUCUUGCAUUUCCAGCAAAUAAGCACAUUUAAAACGUCAGGCAUUUGGCCUUUGAAAUAUCUUCCAUCCAUGUCUGUAAUUAGCAUAGUACUCCUGUUAUACCACUGAGUAUUCUCCAAUUAGUGUGGUCUCAUAAUUACUUCUUGUAGAUUAAUUUAACAAUAAUAAAUACUUUUUCAUACAACACGGCCUUAUCUUAGGUUAUUCUUUGAAACUUGCUAAAAGCAACUUUCACAUGCAAAGGCUGCUUUGCUAAGCUGUUCUAUCUGCCCUGGUAAGAAACCACAACACAGUACAACUCAGUAUUAAAAGACGUGGUUUCAUAAAAAUGUAAUGAACACUAGUACUGCAUUAUCUAAUGUUAACAUAGAUUAGUCUAGUCAAGUCUGAUGCUACGACUGCCUGUGAGGCUACUUCUUGCAGUUAUAGAAGGAAUAGUGGCUAAUUCCUCAACUAUUGCAACAAAACAGAAAAUUCUCAACGCAAAGUGAGAACAUGUUUGGAAAAAAGGUAAACUGCACCAAUUGUAUGAAAAUUAUAAGUGUUUUACUCUCGAUGAUUGCAAGCUGAAAAAAAAUAAAAUCUCCAAAUUGAAUGUAAACAUUGGAGCCCAGAAAUGAAACUGAAUUAUAGAUGGCUAGCCAGACAAAUGGGAUUUCCUAGCUUUAUAAAAAAAUGAAAGCUUUUUCAGUCUGAAAAACACAAAAGACAAAUUGUAGAAUGUCUGAUGAAAGGAUAUUUCACUUUUGUAUUUUGACAUUUGAAUUCUCAAUCUUGAUUUGUUUUUAAGUAAUAACCCCCAAAAAACAUACUUGUUCAUUUCAAUUAAAUUAUCCAAUCUACAUUUCACAGAUAUAUAUUAGCAUAUUUUAUCUGAACAGUGUUACCAAUUCAGUGAAUUUUAAUUCAUGAGUUUAAUGGUUUAUUGUUUAUUCUACUGGUUAUUGAACUAGUUUUUAACGUUUACUGGGGCCAAUUAAUAUCAGUCACUAAAAUAAUUAAAAAACUGUAAGUUAUUUUUGAGGAGCGGAGUCGAGACUUCAUAACAGCAUACCUUCCUACUGCAUACCUACUUUAAAACAAAAUAUGACAAAUAGGUGGUUCCAACUGUGAACAGCAGGUGUCAGUACAGAAGGAGAAUUUUAAAAGACUGCUACAAUUCAGUCCACAUGCUAAAAACUUCUGAGCAUACUGGUUGCCAUGUUUUAUGUUUAAUUGUGUCUGUAUAUGUGGUUAGAAUGUUUGAGUAUUUAUUCUAAGUGUUAAGGUAAAAUGUUUUGUGCGAAAGGAGUAUUCCCCAAAUAUCCAAAUAUGAAAUGAAUAUUCUGAAAGAAAAACAGAUUCUUGUUCUGCAUUUUGGACCUGUGUAUGAGAGCUGAAAAGGGGGUUUCUGUAUUAAAACGCUGUGAUGAUUGUCUGUUACAAAUUGAAGAAUAUUUGGAUAUUUGACUCUGUGAGAGGUGGAACUGAAUUGCACAGGCUAUCUUGAAAUAUGGUUGAAGUAACAGAAGGGGGGUGUGCAGGAUUUUAAUACUUAUUUAUUUCUACAGAAUAGAGAUGGUUAUCAAAACAUACUGAGAAUAAGUACAAGUGGGUAACAGGAAGUAUUUUUACAGAAAGGCUUAGGAAUGAAUCCAGACUUUCAAGCAUUCCAGUUAAAAUGUCUUUGUUACAGCUGGAAGAGGUGUACAAUACAGGGUCAAGUGUUACCAAAGGUUUAUGAACCAUUCUACAGUGUAAGCAUUCAUCUUUAAAAGCACCACACUGGGCAUUAGAUUGUGUGUAAAAUGUUUUUAUGUGUAAAAAAGUUCAUGCUAGAGGACAAGAGAUUCUAAUACAGUUUAGGAAAAGUUACGUCUUAGAUGUAGAAAACAAGAAUUUAACAUUCCUGGUAAAUGAGUAUUUCUAUAAAACCAAUCUGCACAUGUAUGUAAUGGAGUGUAUACUCGAUGGCUAAUCUAUAAUGUCAGUUGUGAAACUUUUAAAACAAUCUGUACUCCCACUAAAAUGUAAAGCGACUACCAGAUAGUGAAAGGAUUCACAACCGUUACAGGAUAAGUUUUUUCCCAUGAUUGAUUUCUAAAUCUUUUCAACAUUUCCCGAUAUCGGUAUUGCCAUUUUCAAGUAGCAAAUAAGACAUCAAACCGCCCCCCCCCCCAUAAUUGAAAUGUAAUUUUAAGACUGUUGUUGUAGUGAUGGCAUUUUUAAAAUGCCCAUUUGAGGUUGCAGCAAACUUAAAACAUGCUGGAGGAUUAUAAAAUACAUUUUUAAAUUUGAAGCUGUAUUGGCCUUUCGAGACCGUAAACCUCGCUGACCAUGGUAUUGCCUAAUAAAAUUGUGAAGAGUUGCAUGGUGUUCUAAAGGUGGAAAAUUAAGUGUACAGAUUCCUGUAUUUGUGCUUUAAUGCAUCUAGAAAGGUGCUUAGUGAACCAAGGCUCGCAUCACUGAACUACCAAAUCAGUUUAACAAAUAAUUCCGGACUGUAAAACGAGACACUAAUUUACUCUAAUGAAAAGAACAUUCUAGAACAGAUCUAGUGCUAAUUUUUCUCACCUUAACAUAUGAAAGACACUACUGAAAUAAGGUCCCCUGGUGGGUGGAGGAAUUUGGUGAGAUACAGUGCUGUGGUAGUUUAUCCUCAGAAUAGCGAUGUACUGAUGAAUGUUUUUGGUACUGAUAUUGUGUAUUGCACUUCUCUCUUUUUUUUUUUUAAUGCAGUGACCAAAAAUGUCAAACUUGUAACAAAGGUACAUAGAAUUAGAUCUAAACAUUAAACAACCAUUCAAGUGUCCUGUGGAACGAGCAGAAAAAUGUCUUCAUUUACAUUUUAAUGGAUACAUGAAGUUUGCUUGUUACAUUUCAGAAAUUGGUUCUUUUAGUUGGCUAGUCUUCAUUACCAAGGUGAGAAAAAUGUCACUUCUGGUCUGUAAAACCCAAACAUUACAGUACACAUUCAACUAAUCUAGAACUUGCCUUCCCAAGUACACAAUUUCAUUGUAUUUUCCAUGCUUUAGUGUAAAAAUAAUUUGAGGGGACACCUUAAUGUUAUUGGUAGACUGUAAAAAUUUAAUUGUGUAGAGCAGGCUCUGCAAUGAGCACUGAAAACAGAUUUUUUUUUUGUUUUAAGGACAGUCUUGUUCUUUGUUAAUAUCAUUGUAAAUAAUGAUUUAAUAAAGCAGACCUGUAGCUACCUAACCUGUUUAAUAAAAAAGUGAAUAUUCCUGCAGGUGAUGUGUAAUAAACUAUUCUGGAAAUUAAACUUUCUUUUACAUGA